UGUAUCAACAGUAGGUUCACGCGGGACCUGAUGCACACAGCUGAACGGUAUGCAUUGUUAACACUACAACGGUCUCUGGUCAAGUUCCGGUCAGUCUCCGUGAGGCCUGACGGUUCCGGUUAAAGCUCCCGGUGAACGCUCCGGUUAACCGACAGUUUCUAUAGAAGAAGAAGAGAUGGCGCCGGUGUCAGACAGAGGAGGUGGGAGGAGCAAAGGGAGGGAGCUGUCUCUGGACGACUGUCGUUGUCCGGUGUGUCUGGAGAUCUUCAUGGAGCCAGUGACGCUGCCCUGCACACACACCUUCUGCAAGGAGUGUUUCCUGGAGACGGUCGAUAAGGCCACGCUGUGCUGCCCGAUGUGCAGGAAGAGAGUUUCCACGUGGGCUCGUCUGAACAGCAGGAACAACACGCUGGUCGACCAGCAGCUGUGGACGCACAUCCAGACCGCCUUCCCUCUGCAGUGUCAGCGCCGCCUUAGUGGGCAGGACGCCAUCACCGAGGAUGACCCUGGAGCGUCUGUGUGUUUUCCCAGAGUCAGUCAGCCUGGAGAGCUCAAGAGAGAAUAUGAGGACCAGGUGACUAAACUGACGGAGGAGAAGCGAGCGAUGGAGGAGGAGGAGCAGAGGGCCAGUGAGGAGUACAUCCGGAGACUGCUGGCUGAGGAGGAGGAGCUUCUGCAGGAGGAGAGGAGGAGGCGUGAAGAUGACGAGCGGCUCGCCAGACUGCUGAGUAACCAGCUGAACUCGAAUCCCGUCUCCCAGGACAACCUCAGUCCUGCUGACGUCACUCCAGCAAAAAAGAAGAAGAAGAAGGAUGUCAGCGGGGGACAGAUGGACAAGUUCUUGUGUCCUCUUCCCUCCAACAACAGCUCGUCCUCGUUCCUGUCCUCUCGCUGCAGCUUCGUGUCCAACAAGGAGAACAUAAUGGUGUCUCAGGUGGAGCUGCAGGUGGAGCGUCCUCUCCCUAACCUCGACUAUUAUGGUCCUCAGAGGGACAGAUCAGAACCUCCGUCUGUCUCCGUGGACGACCAGCUCCACCCAGGGACACACAGGAGUCACAUGACUGGAGACAAGAGGAAGAGCUCUGAGCUGGAUAUGACAGAGGACGAGAAGGAGACGGUCACCAAACGAGGCUCGCUCCUCCCGCCCUCCCCCUCUUCCUCCUCCUCCUCCUCCUCUCUGCAGGUGGAGGUCCUUCAGGGGGACUCUGAGUGGGAGGUGGAGCAGCUGAGGAGACGUCAGCAGGAGGAGGACGACCGGCGUCUUGCUCUGCUCCUGCAGAAGGAGUUGGACCAGGAGGAGAAGCAGAGAGCCACCGACCGACGCAAAGACUCCUCCGACCCCUACCUGCUCCGCCCAAACAGCCGGGGGAAGGUGGAGGCCACCUCCUCCUCAAGGACCUCCCCCACCUCCUCCUCUAAGACCUGCUCCACCUCCCCCUCCACAAGGACCUCCACCCCCUCCUCUAAGACCACCUCCUCUACAACGACCCCCACCACCUCCUCUAAGACUUCCUCCGCCUCCUCCUCAAGGACCUCCUCCACCCCCUCCACCUCCUCCUCAAGGACCUCCUCCACCUCCUCCAGCAGAGGCAGCAAACAGGCCACUCUGACUGAGAUGUUCUCCAGCCUGAUCAGCUGAAUCCUCUGUGUCCUCCUGUGUCCCUGCAUGUCCCUCUGUCUGUCUGUGUCUGUCCCUCUGUGUGUUUGUCCCUCAGUCUGUCCCUCUGUGUGUCUCUGUCUGUGUGUCUAUCUAUGUCUCUGUUUGUCCCUCUGUCUGUCUGUCCCUCUGGGUGUCUCCAUCUGUCCCCCUGUGUGUCCCUCUGUCCGUCCCUCAGUCCGUCCCUUGGUGUCUGUCCUAUUGUGUCGGUCCCUCUGUCUGUCCCUCUGUGUCCCUCUGCCUGUCCAUCUGUGUCUCUGUCUGUCCCCUCUCUGUGUCUUUGUCUGUCCCCUCUGUGUUUGUCCCUCUGCCUGUCCAUCUGUGUCUCUGUCUGUCCCUCUGCCUGUCCCCUGUGUGUCUGUCCCUCAAUCUGUCCUCAGCCUGUCCCUCUGUAAGCAGACACAGACCCGUUAAUCAAACCUGUUCUUUAUUUUAGUCAAACUGUAACAGAGCUCUUCAGCCCUGCCUUUUUAUUACAGUGGAGACACUACGAGGACAAAAGUAUGUGGACAUCUGAACUGUCCCUCCUGUCUCACAUUACAGUUCAUGGCGGACAUGGUCAUGAACUUCAUCAACACUGACACUGGUGUGAUGUCAUUAAACAUUUCUGAUGGAGCAGUUUUGUGUUGAAACAGAGACAAAGACAAACUGUCCUCAUAUUGGUGUCCACCAGGGGAUGUCUGUGUUUGUCCAAACAGGAAGCAGAGACACUGCGUCCUCUGAAGCUGACACACUUUUUGGUUUAAAUGUUUAUUUUUUGUAAACAAGUUGUUUCAAAUAAAGUUUUGGAGCAGAAAGAUUCA